UUUACGUAAUUUUGCUUAUUCUUCUACUCUCUCUCUCUACCCUUGGGCAUUCUCUCGAUUCCUGAGUCACGCCAUUGAAUCAAAAAGUUCUGAAGAAAUACCGAGCUCAGAUCUCGCAAUUCCAACCUUAAAAGCCACACAAAGAUUUGCAAUCGGAUCAGACGUUUAGGUCGUCAGAAGUGAUGGCCUGGAGUGACUACUUGUGUCUCAUUUGUCAGAUAAUGAAGUUCUAAUUUUCAUGAUAGUUAUUAGUGGGAGACAUGAACAUUGUUAAGGGUGUAGCAGAUCUCAUUCGAAGGACGUCCAGUCUCCAAACUGGUGAGUCUUCAGGGUCAUCAGCUGAGAGGUUUCCUCCCCCUGCUCCAAAAAUCCGUUUCAGUGAAGUGGGUGAAGAAGGAAUUUUGCAUGCACUUUGGGAGAAAUAUGAGAAUACCAUGGAAAAGGUUGAAAAGAAAAGGUUGUUUCAUGUUUUCCUCAAGCACUUUCUAGUUGUGUACAAGAACUGGGAACCUAUUAAUGCUGGUCAAUUGCUAGAGGCUACUUCAGUUGCAGACUAUCCACUAGGAGUUGAUGAUGUGAUUGUUGGUUGUGUUGUUGGACACCCUGCUGAGGUCAUUCUGAUAUUGACUGAAGAGAUCGUAAAGUUAACCACUUUGGUUACUGAUUUAAAUAUCACUAUGGUGCCCUCCAAAACAGACUUAUCAGAGACUUCCACAAGCUUGGCUCUCCCAUCUGAAGGGUUGCAAGUAUUGGAUGUUUUAACAGUAAUAACACGUUCAAUGCAUAAUUGCAAAGUUUUUGGCUACUAUGGUGGGAUUCAAAAGUUAACUGCACUAAUGAAAGGUUGCGUUGUCCAAUUCAAAUCAUUAACGGGUGCUCUAUCUGGUGAUGAGAGUUUACCUAACCUUAUUGUAGAGAAGGCGCAACUUUUGCAAAAAAUACUUACUUAUGUGGUGUCAAUAAUAUGUGGCUUUAUUGAUCUGAACACAGCUCAGUUGUAUAGAGGUUCUGUAGAAUUUUCUUCCUCAGGGUGGUUUGCAUCUUCAAUUGACUCUUCUACUAGUUUAAAGAUUCCUACUGAAACAAGGCUAUAUUGGCAUCAAAAGGCAGUUGUAUCAGUGAUGGAAGCAGGUGGCCUCAAUUGGUUAGUAGAGCUGUUGCGUGUUAUCAGAAGGUUUAGUUUGAAAGAACAGUUGAUGGAUGUAUCACUUCAGUACUUAACUAUGAGGGCCCUUCAUUUAGCAUUAUCUGAAAAUCCACGGGGUCAAAAUCAUUUCAAAAGUAUUGGAGGGCUUGAAGUUCUGUUGGAUGGACUGGGAGUUCCAUCAGUUAAUGUGCUUUUCUUGAAGAAUGCCUUUUAUGUUGAUGAGAAGAGAGAAGAUAAUCUUUUACUGAAAAUUUUUCAGCUUCACAUUCUUUCCUUGACAGUUCUGAGAGAGGCUGUCUUUGGUAAUUUGAACAACUUGCAAUUUCUUUGUGAAAAUGGAAGAAUUCAUAAAUUUGCAAAUAGCUUUUGUUCGCUUGCCUUCAUGCUUCAAGAGUACAGGCAGAAGACCAAGGAUUUGUCUAUCCAGGAUGAUAUUCAAUUGCCUGUUUUUGACUCGAGUGAAAAUCAUGUAAAGAUGGAGCUUUCUUUUUCCUUUCCAGCUGGUGCUUCAUAUUCUCAGUUUUGGAAUGAAUAUGUUGACAAGUUGAGCAGGGUACUUUGUUCUUUCAUAGCCACUCCAGAGAGUAAUAAACCUCAUCACGUCCCAGCAAGCACUGGUCGAAUUACCAUGCCAAUUUCUUCAUUGUAUAGUGAACUUUCAAUUAAGUGGACCAUGAGGGUUCUUGUCACAGUCUUCCCUUGUAUCAAGGCUUGUUCAGUUCGAACUGAGUUGCCAAGCUAUUUAAGGGUCUUCGUCAAUGUUCUGCAGCAUUCUGUUCUGGAUGCCUUCAGGAAGGUUCUUGCUUCAUCACCUGCAUCGCUUGAAGUAUUUAGAGGAGAGGGGAUAUGGGACCUUCUCUUCUCUGAGAAUUUUUUCUAUUUUGGACUGUGUUCGGAAGAAAUUUCUGGAGAGCAUUGCAAUGAUAGCAGAGGAUUUAUGGAGAAGCUUGAAACAGCUUCUUGUAGUAGUACUGAUGGCCAAACAAAGGCCAGUGGCAUUGAAAUCCUUCAGAUGGAAAUAAUUUCGUUUUCAGAAUUUGCAGCAACUUGUAAUGGAAGUGUGCAUAAUUUGCCUGAGUUGUCUGGUUUGUUGGAUGCCCUUGAACAAUGUGCCUGUCAUCCUGAGAUUUCCAGUGUCCUUGCAAAGAGUCUACUUCGAAUACUGCAGCUUUCAUCUGAGAAGACAGUUGCUUCCUUUAAGUCACUUGGUGCAGUUCCUCGUGUGCUCAAAGUUGCUUCCAUCCAAGCAAAAGAGUCAAGAAGGUCUGGAAAGACGAGCCCUUCUCUGGGGAAAGUGCCUCAACCUUGUAGUGGCUUGACAUCUGAUUCGCCAGAUCCGGCUCAGAUCCGGCUUGAAUGCAUGGAAAUAUGCAUGCGUCUUUUCACUGAAUUUUUUUCAAUAGCAGAAGAUGCAAAAACUUUUGUGUUGCAUGAUUCGACUUGUAUUGAUUGUUUAUUUGAUUUAUUUUGGGAAGAGGGCAUGAGAAAUGUUGUCCUUGGACACAUUCUUGACCUUAUGAAGAUAGUACCGUCAUCUGCAGAAGAUCAAAAGGCAAAGUUACAAUUAUGUUCAAAAUAUUUAGAAACAUUCACUCAAAUAAAGGAAAGGGAAAAGCGUUUUGCACAACUGUCUAUUGAUCUAUUGGUUGGAAUGAGGGAGAUGCUCCUGACUGAUUCUGAGUAUUAUCAGGCCUUGUUUCGUGAUGGUGAGUGCUUUUUGCAUGUUGUUUCUUUACUAAAUGGCAAUCUUGAUGAGGAAAGUGGGGAGAACUUGGUUUUAAACGUCCUUCAGACUCUUACCUGUCUCCUUGCAAGCAAUGACAGCUCAAAGGCGUCAUUUAGAGCUCUAGUGGGCAAGGGCUAUCAGACAAUUCAGCGUUUGCUGCUGGACUUUUGUCAAUGGAGGCCGAGUGAAGCACUUUUAACUGCGCUUCUGGAUAUGCUUGUUGAUGGAAAGUUUGAUAUAAAAGCGAACCCUCUCAUAAAGAAUGAAGAUGUGAUCAUACUUUAUCUGAGCGUCUUGCAGAAGAGCAGUGACUCCUUGCAGAACAAUGGGCUCAAUCUGUUUCUGCAGCUGCUCCGAGAUUCCAUUUCCAAUCGAGCGUCAUGCUUCAGAGCAGGGAUGCUUAAUUUUCUUCUUGAUUGGUUUGCUGAAGAAGAUAAUGAUAGUGUCAUUUUGAAAAUUGCACAAUUGAUUCAGGUUAUUGGUGGGCAUAGCAUAUCUGGGAAGGAUAUUCGUAAAAUCUUUGCUCUCCUCCGAAGUGAGAAAGUGGGAAGUCGGCAGCAGUAUUGCUCACUGUUGUUGACCACUGUGUUGUCAAUGUUAAAUGAGAAGGGACCUACUGCCUUUUUUGACCUCAAUGGGAGAGAUUCUGGGAUCACAAUUAAAACGCCUGUCCAGUGGCCUCUCAAUAAGGGUUUUUCUUUUUCAUGUUGGCUUAGGGUGGAAAGCUUCCCAAGAAAUGGGGCAAUGGGCCUUUUCAGUUUCCUAACUGAAAAUGGAAAAGGAUGCUCAGCAGUACUUGGAAAUGAUAGGCUUAUUUUUGAGUCAAACAAUCUGAAGCGGCAUUAUGUUCAACUUCAUAUCAACUUGGCCAGAAAGAAGUGGCAUUUUCUUUGUAUAACUCACAGCAUUGGAAGGGCCUUUUCUGGAGGUAGCCUGUUAAAAUGCUAUGUAGAUGGUGAUCUUGUAUCAUCAGAGAGAUGCAGAUAUGCAAAAAUUACUGAACUACUGACGAAAUGUAGAAUUGGUACAAAAAUAAAUUUGCCUCGGAGCGAAGAAGAUGGUUUUCUGGACUCGGUGCAAGAAAUUUUCUCCUUCCAUGGUCAGAUUGGUCCUGUUUAUUUAUUUUGUGAUGCUAUUUCUUCUGAGCAUGUCCAGGGUAUCUAUUCGUUAGGGCCAAGCUACAUGUACUCAUUCCUUGAUAAUCAAUCUGCACCAUUUUGUGAUAACCCAGUGCCCAGUGGAAUUCUUGAUGUUAAAGAUGGUCUGGCAUCAAAAAUUGUCUUUGGAUUAAGUGCACAGGCGAAUCAUGGAAAGAAAUUGUUCAACGUUUCACCUGUGUUAGAUCAUGCAUCCGAUAAGAAGUCAUUUGAUUUUGAGGCAAUUGCUAUGGUUGGUACAGAAUUAUGUUCGCGACGCUUGCUGCAACAGAUAAUUUACUGUGUUGGAGGCGUGUCUGUCUUUUUCCCCCUCAUUGCGCAAUCUGAUAGGUAUGAAAAUGAAGAAAGUGGAUCCUUUGAGUACACAUUACUCACGCCUAUCACAAAAGAACAUCUGACAGCUGAGGUCAUCAAGCUUAUAGCUUCUGUUUUGGAUGAGAAUUUAGCAAAUCAACAACAAAUGCAUCUUCUUUCUGGAUUUUCAAUACUGGGAUUUUUGUUGCAAUCUGUACCACCUGAACAACUUAAUUUGGAAACACUUUCUGCCUUGAAACAUCUGUUUAAUGUUGCUGCAAAUGGUGGUUUGGCAGAGAUACUUGUAAAAGAUGCUAUAUCUAGCAUUUUUCUUAAUCCUUUCAUAUGGGUCUACACGGCAUACAAGGUGCAGCGUGAACUGUACAUGUUUCUUAUACAGCAAUUUGAUAAUGAUCCGAGGUUGCUCUCGAGUUUGUGUCGGCUUCCACGUGUUAUUGAUGUAAUUCGCCAAUUUUAUUGGGAUAGUACAAAAUCUCGAUUUACUAUUGGAAGCAAGCCUCUUCUUCAUCCCAUUACCAAACAAGUUAUUGGAGAGAGACCUAAUAAAGAAGAAAUACACAAAAUUCGUCUUCUUCUAUUGAGUCUCGGUGAAAUGAGCCUCAGGCAAAGCAUUUCUGCAGCAGAUAUAAAAGCUUUGAUAGCCUUUUUUGAGACAAGCCAGGAUAUGACAUGCAUUGAGGAUGUCCUGCACAUGGUCAUACGUGCUCUUUCUCAAAAACCUCUGCUUAUUGCUUUCCUUGAGCAAGUCAAUGUGAUUGGUGGUUGUCACAUUUUUGUCAAUCUUCUUCAGAGGGAACAUGAGCCCAUUAGACUGCUUGGCUUACAGUUCCUGGGGAGGCUUUUGGUUGGUUUGCCAUCCGAGAAGAAGGGACCGAGAUUUUUCAGUCUUUCUGUUGGAAGACCAAGAUCUCUUUUGGAAAGCCAGAAGAGAAACAGCUUAAGGAUGCAGCCAAUCUUUUCAGCUAUGAUUGACAGGUUGUUCAGAUUUCCACUGACAGAUUAUUUGUGUGCCAGCUUGUUUGAUGUUCUUCUUGGUGGUGCCAGUCCAAAACAGGUGUUACAGAAACAUAGCCAGGUUGAAAAACCUAGAAGCAAAGGAAAUGUAUCUCAUUUUUUCCUUCCUCAGAUCUUGGUUCUCAUUUUUGGAUUCUUGUCUAGCUGUGAGGAUGUAUCAGCAAGAAUAAAAAUAAUUAGAGAUUUGCUUGAUCUCCUUGAUUCAAAUUCUUCAAAUAUUGAAGCUUUAAUGGAACAUGGAUGGCAUGCCUGGUUAACAGCUUCUUUAAAGCUUGAUGUGUUGAAAGAAUACAAAUUAGAUUCUCGAAACCACAGUGAAAGUGACCUUCUUGAGCAGAACUUGGUGAGGAGUUUGUACUGUGUUGUUCUUUGUCAUUAUCUGCAUUCUGUAAAAGGUGGCUGGCAACAGUUGGAAGAAACUGUGAAUUUCCUACUUAUGCACUGUGAGCAUGGUGGCAUCUCAUACUCAUACUUUCUUCGUGAUGUAUAUGAGGAGUUGAUUCAAAAGCUGGUUGAUUUUUCUUAUGAGGAAAACAUUUUUACUACUCAACCAUGUCGGGAUAAUACAUUGUAUCUUCUACGGCUAGUCGAUGAGAUGCUUGUCUCUGAAAUCGACCAUAAGAUUCUGUUUCCAGCAAAUGGCUCUGAAAUGUCUCCGGAUUCUUUAGAAUCAGAAAAUCAGAAGGAGCAUGCUGCACUAUAUGAAAUCUUGCAAGGAGAAUUUGACUACCGAACAUCUAGAAAUCCAUGGGCUUGCAAGCGCCCAAUCACACAUGAAGAUGAAGUUGACCUAAUUGAUGAUAAGUGGUGGAAUUUAUAUGAUAAUUUAUGGGUUAUCAUUGGUGAGAUGAAUGGUAAGGGGCCAAGCAGGAUGCUACCCAAAUCAUCACCAGCAGUGGGACCCUCCUUUGGUCAAAGAGCACGUGGCCUAGUUGAAUCAUUGAAUAUUCCAGCAGCUGAAAUGGCUGCAGUUGUUGUUUCGGGAGGUAUAGGCAAUGCCUUAGGUGGAAAACCAAAUAAAACUGUUGAUAAAGCAAUGCUUUUAAGGGGGGAGAGAUGCCCAAGAAUUGUUUUCAGACUUGUAUUUGUAUAUCUGUCCAAAUCUUCUUUAGAAAGAGCAUCGAGAUGCGUGCAACAGGUCAUUUUACUUUUGCCUUCUCUUCUGGCUGCUGAUGAUGAGCAAAGUAAGAGCAGAUUACAGCUUUUCCUCUGGUUUUUGCUAGCUAUUAGGUUCCAAUAUGGCAUGUUAGAUGAUGGUGCUCGCACUCAUGUUAUAUCACACUUGAUCCGAGAAACAGUCAACUGUGGGAAAGCAAUGCUGGCUACUGCUAUUGUGGGUAAAGAUGACUCUCCUGAUUUGGGGAGUAACUCAAAAGAUACAGGCUCCAUUCAGAAUCUGAUUCAAAAGGAUCGCGUCCUUGCUGCGCUCCAUGAUGAGUUAAAAUACUUGAAGACAUCGAUAUCUGACCGCUCCAGGCAGUUGCUUGAGCUUCGUGCUAGGAUGGAUGAGAAUACUUCUGCAGAAGCUGCUAAUAAGAAAGCGUUUGAAGAUGAGAUAAAUAGCAGCUUGAACACAAUUCUUGCUGUAGACGACAACAGGAGAGCUGUAUUCCAGUUUUCACAUGAGGAGGAUCAGCAAAAUGUUGCUGAAAAAUGGAUACACAUGUUCCGCACUUUGAUUGAUGAGAGAGGUCCCUGGUCAGCUAAUCCUUUUCCAAAUAGUGUGGUAAGGCAUUGGAAACUUGACAAGACAGAAGAUGCCUGGCGUCGCAGACCCAAGUUAAGACAGAACUAUCAUUUUGAUGAUAAGCUGUGUCAUCCUCCAUCCACUGCCUCUCGCACUGAGGAUAGUCUACUUGUUCAUGAAAUCAAAGAUGGUUUUGUGAGCCAUAUUCCGGAGCAAAUGAAGCGAUUUCUACUGAAAGGUGUCCGCAGGAUAACUGACGAGGGGAGCUCAGAAGCUGGUGAAAAUGAUGCUGAACCGAGUGUUCAGAAGGCAUCCAUCUCUGAGGAUCUUUCAGAGAGUCAAUGCUCAGAGCUAGCUAAAGGCAGCAGUGAUCAGAAGGAUGUUAUACAAGACAAAAAAGAUGCUCCUUCCUCUUCGCAAGAGGCAGACACUAGUGAGUUUCAGGUUCUUUUGUCUGUUCCAUGCAUACUUGUGACACCAAAGAAAAAAUUAGCUGGAAAAUUGGCAGUCAUGAAAAAUUUCUUGCACUUCUUUGGAGAAUUUUUGGUUGAGGGAACUGGAGGAUCGUCUGUUUUCAAGAAGUUUGAUGCUUCAAGCAAGUCUGAUGUAACCAAACUUGAGCAAAGAUCCAAGUCUCUUAAAUGGCCCAUGGAUGUAGAUUUUUGUGCCCUGAAAGGGGUUUCUGCUGAUAACGUAGAAACAGUGAAUGAAAAUAUGCAUCAAAGACAGUUAAAACAUGUUAAACGCCAUAGAAGAUGGAACAUUGGCAAGAUAAAAGCUGUCUAUUGGACUCGUUAUCUGCUUAGAUACACUGCCAUAGAAAUUUUCUUUGGCAACUCAGUUGCACCAGUCUUUUUAAAUUUUGCAUCACUGAAAGAUGCAAAAGAAGUUGGGACUCUAAUAGUUGCUACUAGAAAUGAAUUCCUGUUUCCAAAAGGAAGUAGUAAGGACAAGAGUGGAACUAUUGUGCUUGUUGAUAGACGUGUUGCCUUGGAGAUGGCAGAAAUUGCAAGAGAAAGAUGGAGGAGAAGGGAUAUAACAAACUUUGAAUACCUAAUGGUUCUCAACACACUUGCAGGAAGAUCUUAUAAUGAUUUAACACAGUAUCCCAUCUUUCCUUGGGUUUUGGCUGAUUAUUCCUCCGAUGUUCUCGACUUCAACAAAUCAUCAACCUUUCGAGAUCUCACUAAACCUGUUGGAGCAUUGGAUUUGAAACGGUUUGAGAUGUUUGAAGAUAGAUACCGUAACUUCUCUGAUCCUGAUAUACCCAGUUUCUACUACGGAUCUCAUUACUCAAGCAUGGGGAUUGUGCUUUAUUAUCUUCUCAGAUUAGAGCCAUUCACAUCACUUCACCGUAAUUUGCAGGGUGGAAAGUUUGAUCAUGCUGAUCGUCUUUUCCAAGGCAUCAAAGGCACAUAUCGAAAUUGUCUUUCUAAUACAAGUGAUGUGAAGGAGUUAAUUCCCGAGUUCUUCUACAUGCCAGAAUUUCUUGUUAACUCAAAUUCAUAUCAUCUUGGAAUUAAACAAGAUGGGGAGCCACUAGAUGAUGUUUGUCUCCCUCCAUGGGCCAAGGGAUCACCGGAAUUAUUUAUAAGCAAAAAUAGGGAGGCCCUCGAAAGUGAAUAUGUUAGUUCAAAUCUCCACAACUGGAUUGAUUUGGUAUUUGGCUACAAGCAGCGGGGAAAGCCAGCAGUUGAGGCAGCGAACGUAUUCUAUUAUUUAACUUAUGAAGGUGCUGUUGAUCUAGAAACCAUGGAAGAUGAGUUGCAGAGAGCAGCAAUUGAAGACCAAAUUGCGAAUUUUGGACAGACACCAAUCCAGAUAUUCCGUAAAAAACAUCCAAGAAGAGGGCCACCAAUUCCAAUUGCUCAUCCUUUGUAUUUUGCACCUGACUCUAUUAAUUUGACAUCUAUUGUGUCUAAUACCAGUUAUGCUCCAUCAGCUGUAUUAUAUAUUGGCAUAUUGGACUCACACAUUGUCCUUGUUAACCAAGGGCUCACCUUGUCAGUUAAGUUGUGGCUGACAACUCAAUUGCAAUCUGGUGGCAAUUUUACCUUCUCUAGUGUGCAGGAACCAUUUUUUGGGGUUGGUUCUGAUGUUCUUUCUGCUAGAAGAAUAGGCAGUCCUUUGGCCGAGAAUAUUGAACUUGGAGCACAGUGCUUUGCAACAAUGCAAACACCUACCGAGAACUUUUUGAUCUCGUGUGGUAAUUGGGAAAACAGUUUCCAAGUCAUUUCCCUAAAUGAUGGAAGAAUUGUUCAGAGCAUUCGGCAGCAUAAAGAUGUGGUCAGCUGUGUGGCAGUGUCAGCUGAUGGUAGCAUACUUGCAACUGGAAGUUAUGAUACUACAGUCAUGGUUUGGGAAGUUAUCCGUGUCCGAGGCACUGAAAAAAGAGUUCGAAAUGCUCAGUCUGAUCUACCUCGCAAAGAAUAUGUGAUUGCUGAAACUCCUUUCCAUAUUCUCUGUGGUCAUGAUGAUAUAAUAACUUGCUUAUAUGUUAGUGUGGAGCUUGAUAUAGUUAUCAGUGGUUCAAAAGACGGAACUUGUGUUUUCCAUACCCUAAGGGAAGGAAGAUACAUAAGAUCUUUACGUCAUCCUUCUGGCAGUGCAUUGUCAAAGCUUGUGGCCUCUCGGCACGGACGCAUAGUAAUUUAUGCUGAUGAUGAUCUUAGUCUGCAUUUGUAUUCUAUUAACGGAAAACAUCUUGCUGCUUCUGAAUCUAAUGGUCGGCUGAACUGCAUUGAACUCAGUGGCUGUGGGGAGUUUCUGGUUUGUGCAGGUGACCAAGGACAGAUAGUUGUACGCUCUAUGAAUACACUUGAGGUUGUGAAAAAGUAUAAUGGAAUUGGAAAGGUAAUAACAUGUCUAACAGUAACCCCAGAAGAAUGCUUUUUAGCUGGGACCAAAGAUGGAAACCUUCUUGUGUACUCUAUAGAAAAUCCUCAACUUCGCAAAUCUAGUGCUCCUCGACAUGUGAAAUCUAAAUCCACUGCAACGGGACAUAUCUACGUUCAACAACCAGAGUCAAGCAAUUGACGAUUGCUGUUUGUCAUGUUGAUCUCUGAAAUUCAGCCCGACUUUCAGCAAACCUGUCGUUUACUCUGACAGGCGCCUUUCCAUUUGUAUUAAAAAGGGUAACCUCUGGUGCUAUGCAGUAGUUCCAUCAGAAUCGACAGAUACGAAACAGAUUGAAGUUCGAAAUUGACAUAUGCACCAACCUCAAAUAAUAUGCAUGGUAGAGAUUCUUUCCCAUUGGACCAGAAGAUAGUUAUGUUGUCUUUAGGGGGAGCAAGGAAUAGUGUUUGCACAUACAUGUACAUUAUAUUCUUAUAGAAUUAGAAUAGAAAUGUCAUGUAUUAGUAAGAAUGGCAUCUCAGUUACUCAUUUUUUGUUUUAUGGACAGCAUGUGCUGAUCCUUAAAACAUUGUACAUAUAGGCUUUAAUGCCUCCAUGAAUGGCAAUAACGUAAUAUUAAAAUUA